AUCUUUAUUCCUGGCAAAUUUUUCGGAAUAUUUGAUUUUUCUUUGUCUUCAUUAAGUAAAACAGGUCCAUUUGAUGCCCAUUUCAAGAUUGUCCUUCUGCUGCCUGUCUUGUGGUCAUUUAACUUCUCAUUAAGCCCUCCACUGGAGACUGUGCCAGAAGAGAGAGAAGAUGAAAAGCAAACGAAUCAUUUUCUAAUUGUUAGCAGCUCUGAAAAAUGAUUUGUAGAAGAGAUUGACAUUAUCCCGGAAAUUCUUUAGGAUUAUGUUUUAUUUCAUUCAUCUGUAUUGUCUCUGAGAUGUUCCUAAUAGUCAUCAGUUUAGAAGCUGAUUAUCCAGCUAUUGGAUGACCAGGAAUCUAACUGCUUUUUGUUUUGUUUUGUUUUUUUUGUUUCUUGCCGUAUCUGAGCAUUAAGCAUCUCCACAGAGGAUGUCUGGAAGUAAGGAGUAGGGAUAACACUUAAACUGAUCAAUACUAUUUUUUUCCCCUUAGAGCUCUUAGUGAACGAUUUGAUUUUUUUGGACUGUUUAGUUAUUGUUAUUGGGAGUGACUUAUAGUAACUUCAUUUUAUUUUGAGUAUCUGUAUCUUAUACACAAGUGUAGGGAGGCUUUUGGGUGCUUUUUAAGAAAUAUGGGCUUAAAUAGAUUCCCGUAAUUGCUUUCUUGAAUUAUUAAGCUUGAGGUUUCAUUACAUCUUUGUAUCAGAACAGAACCUGGGCUUUUGCUGUGGAACAGAUUCAAAGGCAUCAUCUAACUUUCUUUUUAUGAUUAAGAAGUUAUAUUGUUUUGGUUUAGCAGUAAAAAAGGGGGAAGAGGAUUAAUAGUGGACAGACCUUGCCUAACAGCUGUAACAUUGAUGCUGUCUUGAUUUUUUUCUGUUGUCUUUGGUCUCCCAUUUCUCAUUUAAUCAUUCGUGUAUUCCUGGAUUAGAGUUCUUUGCUUCACUUAAGGCAGAGGACACCAGCCUUCAGUCACACUAUUUCCCUGGAACCUGGGCUCCCCAAGACGCAGCGCUGGAGCAGAUGGAUAAUGGAGACUGGGGCUAUAUGAUGACUGACCCAGUCACGUUAAAUGUAGGUGGACACUUGUAUACAACGUCUCUCACCACAUUGACGCGUUACCCGGAUUCCAUGCUUGGAGCUAUGUUUGGGGGGGACUUCCCCACAGCUCGAGACCCUCAAGGCAAUUACUUCAUUGAUCGAGAUGGACCUCUUUUCCGUUAUGUCCUCAACUUCUUAAGAACUUCAGAGUUGACCUUACCCCUGGAUUUUAAGGAAUUUGAUCUGCUUCGGAAAGAAGCAGAUUUUUAUCAGAUUGAGCCCUUGAUUCAAUGUCUCAAUGACCCUAAGCCUCUGUAUCCUAUGGAUACUUUUGAAGAAGUUGUGGAGUUAUCUAGUACUCGGAAGCUUUCUAAGUACUCUAAUCCAGUAGCUGUCAUCAUAACACAGUUAACCAUCACCACCAAGGUCCAUUCCUUACUAGAAGGUAUCUCAAACUAUUUCACGAAGUGGAAUAAGCACAUGAUGGACACCAGAGAUUGCCAGGUUUCCUUCACUUUCGGACCCUGUGAUUAUCACCAGGAAGUUUCUCUCAGGGUCCACCUGAUGGAAUACAUUACAAAACAAGGUUUCACGAUCCGCAACACCCGAGUGCAUCACAUGAGUGAGCGGGCCAACGAGAACACAGUGGAGCACAACUGGACUUUCUGUAGGCUGGCCCGGAAGACCGAUGACUGAUCUCAAAGCCUGGGAGGAGUUCCUGGAAACGGACUUUCCAGGACAUGGAAGAGACUUUUUUUUUUUUUUUUUUUGUUAAAUCACAGUGUGGGUGUUUUUUGUUUGUUUGUUUUUCUUUUUUGUUUUUUUAAAUAUUUGUAUUUAUUUGAAGGCAGUGAGGACCAGAAGGAAGAUUUGUGCUUUAGCAGACUCCUGUAUGUUUUGUUCCCUUUACCUUGAGUAUGCAUGUGCCUGUUUGGAGCCUCCAGAUACCUUUUUUAUAAAAAGAAGUAUGAAAAUCAUUAUGGUAUAUAAUCUACUCUUAACAGAGCUUUUUUUAUUACAGUGCUACAAUGAUUUCUGAUUAAAUGGUCCCUAACUCAACUAGAAGGUUAAAAAUGCAGGAAUGAAAGAAUAAACAGAGUACUCAUGAUGCCUUUGAGAAAAAUCAAAACAUCAUGUAGGGUGACCUAGUUUCCAAACCAAUAAGCAGUAUUGUAAUAUUAAAGGAAAACUGUUCCAAUCAUUUAAAAGUACUUGUUAAGUACUGCUUUUUACAGUUAUGACAACUGUUUCUUUCUAUGCAUAUAAAUCAAGCAACCAAAUAUCUGUAGCCAUGGAAAUGUCUGACUAGAAAUAUUUAUAUUGGAUUCUGAAUACAAAAUGUCCCUGUGGUAGAACUCUUACUUCUUAUGCCUGGUGCAGUAUAAUUCCCAAGUGUACUGUCUACCAGAAGAAAAAAAACCUAAUAAAAAACGAAAUAUGAAAAUUA